AACAACCAUUUCUCUGACUUUUUGGACAAAAAAACUGGUUAUACAACAAUCAAUAUGUUGGCAACCCCAAUUAUGCAGGGUAAAGAGGUGCUUGCUGUUGUGAUGGCACUCAACAAAUUAAAUGCCACCGAGUUCUCAAAAGAGGAUGAAGAGGUCUUUAAAAAAUACCUCAAUUUUAUAUCUUUGGUCCUAAGAAAUCAUCAUAUGACAUAUCUCUACAAUAUUGAAUCUCGAAGAAGUCAGAUGCUUUUGUGGUCGGCCAACAAAGUAUUUGAAGAGCUAACAGAUAUAGAACGUCAGUUUCACAAAGCACUGUAUACUAUUCGAAUGUACUUGAAUUGUGAAAGAUAUUCUGUUGGUCUGCUGGACAUGACUAAAGAGAAGGAGUUCUAUGAUGAGUGGCCAAUCCGGCUGGGGGAGGCAGAGCCUUACAAAGGCCCCAAGACACCUGAUGGACGAGAAGUCAACUUUUAUAAGAUUAUUGACUAUAUUUUACAUGGAAAGGAAGAAAUCAAAGUAAUUCCGUCACCUCCAGCAGAUCACUGGUGUCUUGUCAGUGGAUUACCAACAUAUGUUGCUGAAAAUGGAUUUAUUUGUAACAUGAUGAAUGCACCAGCAGACGAAUAUUUCACAUUUCAGAAAGGACCAGUGGACGAGACCGGAUGGGUUAUCAAAAAUGUCCUAUCACUGCCUAUUGUCAAUAAAAAAGAAGAAAUUGUGGGAGUUGCAACAUUCUACAAUAGGAAAGAUGGAAAACCUUUUGACGAGUAUGAUGAACAGAUCAUUGAAACUCUCACACAGUUCCUGGGGUGGUCUGUUUUAAAUACUGACACUUAUGACAAAAUGAACAAGCUUGAAAACAGGAAAGACAUUGCUCAGGAAAUGCUUAUGUACCAGACAAAAGCCACCCCUGCUGAAGUUGAAUCUAUACUGAAAUACAAGGAGAAAUUAAAUGUAAAGAGCAUAGAAGAAUGUGAUCAAAAAGAUCUUAUCAGGAUUUUG